GAUUCUAUGCACAAAAAAUAGGCUAAAACGAACGAGCGAAAAGUUCUCUGACGGACAGUUUCGUUUUCGAGAAAAUUUGGCCCGAACUAUAGACAUAUGUAGAUUUUCUAUUUUACCGCCGUUUGAAAACUUGAAUAAUAUUCGUUUGUUAUUUCUUAUGUCAGUUGCCGGCACGUAGCCAGUAAAGUGGGAUGGGAUUUGGAAUCUAGGCAGCGUGGAUUCUGUGGUGUGUGGUUCUCUGUGACGAAAUGACGGCGAUUCAGUUCGUUCCAAUUAAAGACAUUUAAAAAUUAGUUCCUCGGUUGAGAUACUCAACUAUCAUUAAUAUCCGAUUACACGAUAAUUUUUUUAGAUUCUUACAAGAUGGUUAUAGACAACUUAUGUCGAAAUGUUCCGAAAGAAUAUAAUCGUCCCUCGAAUAACCCUAUUGCGGAGUUCUUAAGCGGCCUGCCGUCAUAUAAUCCAAGCAAUUUUACUAAGUGUAGUGAAGAUAGUGGGAACAGAAUUUGUAUAAAAAAGCCUUCAGUUUACCUUCCCACUAGAGAUUACGCUUCAGAACAAAUUAUAGUCACAGAGAAAACAACCAUACUAUUGAGGUACCUUCACCAACACUGGGACAAAAAUUUUAUUACAUUUUUCAGCAACCUGACAGAAAACGAGAUUAUGUAUCCGCAAAUGGCGAUUCUGAGGAUGAUCCUUCUACGCAUAACAAGAGACCACGACUAGAUAACACCGUUUAAAAUAUUCUACACAAUUCUAAUUUUCAAUUAUUUUCUAAGCUAAACAUUUCCAUUAUUCACUAAACUUUGUGAUUUCUGAAUACUGCAGACAUAUCUACUAUUUAAACAAAUUAUUUCAACGCAUCGUUUUUAGACUCAUAUUUAGAGUAUCUUUUGUCAUGGACGUAAUUUGAAGCUUCAACAUUGAACGAUGACACUUUCUUAAAUUUUUGAAACUGGAUGGAGAACAAACGUUACGUUAAAUUUGCGUGUAAUUUUUUGUAUUAUAUCGUAUGCUUGGAAUUCAGUUGACUAGCACAUCAAAUAAUACAUAUGCUGCACAAUCUCUAAAAGUGACUAUGUGAAUCAUUAUUGACAAAUAUGUAUUAUAAUUUUAGGAAGGAGUAGUUUAAGAUGUGAUCAUGCGUCCAAGCAUUUACUUCGAAAUGACUUUAUAAACUCAUUUUAUGAUGUACGCA